AGAACCGGGCUAUAAGAUCGCAAACUCCCCACACAGGCAUCUCAAUCUGUGGUUUUCUGCGCUCCUUCUCCUCCUUCCUGCCGCCGGUCUUCUUCGAAAUGGGAAAAGGUACGGGAUCUUUCGGCAAGAGAAGGAACAAGACUCAUACGUUAUGCGUGCGGUGCGGCCGGAGGAGUUUUCACCUUCAAAAGAGCACCUGCUCUUCCUGCGGCUACCCAGCUGCUCGCAUUCGCAAGUACAAUUGGAGUAUCAAAGCAAUCAGGAGGAAAACUACUGGCACAGGAAGAAUGAGAUAUCUUCGCCAUCUUCCUCGUAGGUUCAAGAGCAACUUUAGAGAAGGAACCCAAGCUGCACCCAGGAAGAGGGCAGCUGCUGCUGCUGCUUCUGCUGCAUUUUAAGCUUUUGUUGAUUUUGACAUUUUAGUGUUUUUUUGAACCAUUAUCUUGGUUUUGUUGUGGUUCGAUUGGCUUCAAUUUUCAUUUUUAACUAUUAUCUGAAUUUGUUCAACUCUUCUUAUUCAUUGGCCUUGUUUAUUUUCUUCAGUGUAGUGAUGAAUGACAUAGUUUUCUUUUAUUGUUUGUCUAAUGGGGCCAGUGAUAAUAUUGAACUGAAUUGCAGUUGCCCUGUUUUUGGUGCUUUGAGAAGACCUAAUUUACCGCAGCAUUUUUUUCUUUAAA